AUGGCUUCACCUACCUCUCCGUCGGAGCAAACUCGCUUUCCCGUUCUUCCAACUUCUCCAACGUCUCCUUCUUCCCCAUCAGCUAGAUCGAACAAAAAUAAGCUAACCAAGUGGGGCGAUUCCGCCCUGGAUUUCGAAAGAUACGAUUACCUCUUCAAGCUCCUCCUCAUCGGUGACUCUGGUGUCGGCAAGUCUUGUUUGUUGCUCAGGUUCGCUGAUGACACAUACACUGAAUCCUACAUCUCGACUAUCGGUGUUGAUUUCAAAAUUCGUACAAUCGAACUUGAUGGCAAGACCGUAAAGCUGCAAAUUUGGGAUACUGCUGGACAGGAGCGAUUCCGUACUAUCACUUCGUCAUACUACCGAGGUACACCAGUUCGACAGAUCUUACGAAGACAAAUGAGAAGACUAACAAAUUGUUUACAGGAGCUCACGGUAUCUGCGUCGUUUUCGAUGUAA